AAUCAAUUGUAAAUUAACAGUGAACGGGUUUGCCGGUUCUUAAUAUAUUCUGGUGUAGUUUUAAUUGUGAUAGUUUGUUAAAAUAGUUUUUUUCUUACAGAAAGAUAGAAAGAAACCAAUUAAGGAUUGUAGUAUUUAUAUUAAAUAUAUUUUACUUUUAACAAAUUAAAAGCAAAAUGCAUAGAACCAUUUUUGUUCUUUGUUUGGCCAUUAUUGGUCUUGUAAGUGCUGGCGAACAAGAUGUACUUGAAUUGACUGAUGACAAUUUCUCCUCAACUUUGGCUCAACAUGAAACUACAUUGGUUAUGUUUUAUGCUCCAUGGUGUGGUCACUGCAAACGUUUAAAACCCGAAUAUGCCAAAGCUGCUGAACUUGUUAAAGGUGACGAUCCACCAAUUACAUUGGCCAAGGUCGAUUGUACUGAAGCUGGCAAGGAAUCUUGUAAUAAAUUCUCCGUCAGUGGUUAUCCCACAUUGAAAAUAUUCAAGGGCAACGAAGUGUCACAAGAUUACAGUGGUCCCCGUGAAGCUAACGGUAUUGCCAAGUAUAUGCGUGCUCAAGUUGGUCCUGCUUCUAAGGAAAUACGUUCUGUUGAAGAAUUGGAAAAAUUCUUGAAUACUAAAGAAACCACAUUGUUUGGUUAUUUCAAGGAUGCUGAUUCUAAAUUGGCCAAGACAUUCUUGAAGUUUGCCGAUAAGAAUCGUGAGAAAUAUCGUUUUGGCCAUAGUAGCGAUAGUGCUGUUUUGGAAAAGGCUGGUGAAAGCGACAAAAUUGUACUCAUCCGUGCUCCUCAUUUGAGCAAUAAAUUCGAAGAAUCCACUGUUAAAUUUGAAGGUAGCUCCGAUGCUGAUUUGACCACAUUCGUCAAAGAGAACUUCCAUGGUUUGGUUGGCCACCGUACCCAAGACACUGUACGUGAUUUCCAAAAUCCUUUGAUUACCGCCUACUACUCCGUUGAUUACACCAAGAACCCCAAGGGUACCAACUACUGGCGUAACCGCGUACUUAAAGUAGCCAAGGAAUUUGUGGGAAAACUUAACUUUGCCAUCUCCUCCAAGGAUGACUUCCAACACGAAUUAAAUGAAUACGGUUACGAUUUUGUCGGUGACAAGCCCGUCAUUUUGGCCCGUGAUGCCAAAAACUUGAAAUAUGCCUUGAAAGAAGAAUUCUCUGUAGAUAACUUGCGCGAAUUUGCCGAAAAAUUGUUGGAAGGUGAAUUGGAACCCUACAUCAAGUCUGAACCUAUUCCCGAAAGCAAUGAUGCUCCCGUCAAGGUGGCUGUAGCCAAGAACUUUGAUGAUGUUGUUAUCAAUAACGACAAAGACACCUUAGUUGAAUUCUAUGCUCCCUGGUGCGGUCACUGCAAGAAAUUGGCUCCCGUCUUCGAUGAAUUGGGUGAGAAAUUACAAGACGAAGAUGUAGCCAUCGUCAAGAUGGACGCCACAGCCAAUGAUGUUCCUCCAGAAUUCAAUGUACGUGGCUUCCCCACUUUGUUCUGGCUACCCAAGGAUGCUAAGGACAAGCCUGUUGCCUACAAUGAAGGUCGUGAAGUAGACGACUUCAUUAAGUACAUUGCCAAACAUGCCACCAAUGAACUUAACGGCUACGAUCGUAGCGGCAAACCCAAGAAAACUGAACUGUAAACAUAUUUUACAUCGUACAUAGUGUAAGAAGUAAUAACUGCAGCAACAACAACGGCAUCAGUAGUAACAUCAGUAUAAAAAAUGUUUGUUUUUGAGUUUGAAAAGAUCUAGAAAGGAACUUCGCACACAUUUCCAAACAUUAAAAAAGAGUUUACAUGACUCUAAAAAUAUCGUAUGCAUAAUUUUUUUUGUAAAUUCCAUUUAAGAUCUUUUUCCUUUCAUAAAACGAUAGAUUUUUUCUAUAGCAUUUAGUAUAAAACAACAACAAAAGAAUCUUUUUUAUCAUAAAUUUAAUUUAAUAAAAAAAGUGGAAAAUUUUAAAUUAA